AUGAUCAUUUGCUUCUACGGUGUUGCUGAAGCGGCUAUUUGGAAUGCAGAAUUAAACAAGGCUCUCACAAUGGAGAGAACGUGGAUUGCAAAGCUUUUCACUCCCACUUGCACAACUGCAGUUCAAGAGUCUUCUGCGCUAUGUGACAUUCCGCUCACUACUGCUCAACUGACUGAAGAUGAGAUGUUUCGGCUAAACAGGCGCCUCUCCUUAGAUGACGUCCAUAUGCUAUCGUAUUCCAAGUGUUCUUACAGAGACCGAGCAGGUCCAUGGGGAUGGUGCGAUUUACCAUCAGAGUGGAACUUGAGAGGAAAUCGGAAACACAGAAUACUUAUUAUCGGCAACAGCUACGCUACCAAUCAAGGCCGUGUGGUCUAUGAAAUGUGCAAAAGGCCUGAUGUCGAGAUAAAACAAUUUUCUAUUGCAGGUUGUGAAGCCUUCACCACUACCAAUCAGUUCUGGCAUUGCCACAAUUCCAGCAUCGUGUACAUGAAUGCCCUCAAGGAAUUCAAACCGGAUGUGUUGUUCAUCCUUGUGAGGUACAUCAGAGCAAUAGAACUGACGUCUUCUACGGAUCGAAUGACAAUCGAGAAGUUUGUGGAGGAAGGAAUCGACGUUUUGAAGGAUUUCUCUAAAAUCGUUAACGACAAAAUAUUCGUUCUACAGGCUAUUCCUCGUCCUCAGGUCUUAUUUGACGAGCGAUAUGAGGCCUUGAAGCAGCAGAUCAUCGAUCCGGACACCGUCAUCAACAAAACCAUCGAUAUUGGGUUCGUUCGGAAGGUGCUGGAUCGCACUGUCAAAACAUGCUCAAAAUGCGCUAUGAUCGACUACUCGCCAUUGUUCACCAUCAAUGGAACUUUUCAACUUUUUGAUAGCCACACUGGG